GCAAGAGACUCUUAAUCUCAGGGCUGUGAGUUCGAGUCCAAUGUUGGGCAAAAGGUUCCUGCAUUGCAGGGGGUUGGGCUAGAUGAUUCUUGUAGUUCCUUCCAACUCUACAAUUCUAAUAUUCUAUGAUUGGAGGCAGUGGCCAGGAAGUGAGGAUGAAAUUUGGCUUAAUAGAAGUCAGGACAGACUAAGAUAGGAAAAGAGGUGGUAAAGAAACAGCUAAGCUACUUUAAAUGAAUUCAAAUCUCCAGGGCCUGAUGAGCUGCAUCCAAGGCUACUAAAGGAGCUUGUGGGUGUAAUCUCAAAGCCUCUGUCUAUAAUCUUUGAGAAUUCUUGGAGAACAGGUUAGGUUUAGGUCCCUGCAGACUGGAGGCAGGCAAAUGUCCCCCCCCCCCCGGUAACUACAAACUGGUCAACUUGAUGUAGGUAGUAGGAAAAUGAUGCUGUGAUUACUAAGACCCAUUGUUUCCCCAUCAUCCUGGAAAAAAGUAGCAAGUGUGGUGCUGCAGGGUUUUGCCCCUAGGAGUUGGUUCCUGUGGUGUCCUUAUAAGCAACUUGGAUGAAGGAAUUGAGGGGAUGCUCAUCAAAUUUGCAGAUGACACCAGAGUGGGAGGGAUAGCAGACUAAAUAUUAAUGAUUGUGGUUGCAUUUGUGUAUUCUUCUGCGUUUGCUUACGUGAAGUAUUCAAAGCCAUUAUGGCCGGCCGGCCAACCAGACAGUACUAUUGUUUCUGUCUGGUAGAAACUGGAAUUUCUUGUUAGUUUAUUAUUAUUUUUUGUCUUUUCUGAUUGGCAGCUCAGUUGUAGAGGUGGAGCCCAGCAGGUGUGCUGCCCUCACCCAUGAUGUCACUCCACAAUAUGCAAGCAUUCUUUUGUUUGUUAUCCCAGAGGCUGGUGCUGCUAGCCUUCCAAAACAGUUGACCUUAUUCUUGGCAUACAAAACACGAUUUCUCUGCUACAGAACAGAGGUGGAUUCUGAAUGUACUGUUUUUGUUUGACCGCCUAAUUUUUCUCCUUCCUAAGAUAGAGGGAAGGUGAUCACCACCGGCUGCAGCCUAAAGUUUUAAAAGUAUUUCUUAUGCUUCGCAAGAGAGAACAGCGGUUAGAUUUUGCUCAGCCAUGCUGCUUGGACACAGAAAGCAGCAGUAGCUUUCCCUCCCAACUUGUCUAGAUAAUUAUUUUUUGAGUUAUCUAGAUCGCAAUCUGCCAGUACAAGGGAACACAGGAGCAACAGUGGCAGUACAAACUCUCAGUCUGCAUUUCUGUUCUGCAUUUUCUGUUUGGAUCCGAAAGUUAAUCAUGGGUCAGCUGUGUACAAAGUGUGUCCAGUUGCUUUGUGACUUGGCUCUCUCAGUAAAAACACUGUCUUCGGGUCUGGUGCAGGAUAUUCAGGAGUGCUUGGGUCAGAUCCAUGAGUGCCCCUGUCUGAAACGGAAAAACUUUAAAACAAAGCAGCUAUACAAGCCUGCCCUUCAGACCCAGGAAGAGGAGAUUGCUCAGGAGUUUCUGCAGCACAUUGAAAGAGGUUUUGAAAUGUCACCACUUGGCAAGGUCUCCCUAGAGGCUCUGAGGACCUUGGCGUUUUCAGAGAACCCCGGCUUGCAAAAGUCUGCUGCUCUCUAUUACUUGAGCAUAAAUCAUCAAAACUUGAACAUCCAGCUGCCUCGAGAGCAUCUGGAAAUAUACUAUGCUUUGUUGAAGUCUAAUGACUUGGAGGUUCAGCAGAUUUCAUCGUCGUCCCUUGUGAAUUUCUUACUGGAAGGAAAUGUAACCAAGGAUCAUGUCGUCCAAAUGGAUCUAAUUGAGCCAAUUCUGGAACUGCUUGAGUCUGAAGAUGCCACAGUCCAGUGUAAUUCCUGUGCCUGCAUAAUGACACUAGCUGUCACAGAUGUCAGCCAUGAAGCCAUCGCAGCAGCAGGAGGAGUGGUACCCUUACUGGCCCUUUCUAAAUCCUAUGAUCCAAGAGUCCAACAAAAUGCAGUUGGAGCAAUUUUUAACCUCACACAAUCAGAAUGGAUUCAGCAAAUUUUGUUUCGACAAGGUGCUCUUCCAGUCCUCACCCUUUUGUUACAGUCCCCCGAUUCGGAAGUACAGUAUUAUAGCUGUGCAGCUCUGAGCAACAUGGCCACAAACUCGCAGCACCAUAAAGCCAUGCUCCAAACCGGUGAUAGGUUUCUUCUGCGGAUGCUUCUUUUCCUUCUGUCUUCAUCUGUGGACAAGGUAAAGCUGUGGAUUAUGCAGGUUUCCAACCAGGCUUGUGUCUGUCUCAGGAAUUUAGCCGCGAGUGAGAGUGGUCAGACCAGCAUUGUUGCUUUGGAGAUCCCGUCCCACCUGCUCCCUCUCCUGGCAUCUAACAGGAAAGACAUUCAGCACAAUUCCAUCAUUCUUCUCCGGAUUUUAUCCCAGCACCCAGACAACCAGGAUGCACUGAUGUGUGAUGAACUGCUGCAGGCGGUAGGGAACCUGCUGCUCGCCUGGAAAAUGGACCCAGUGAUUGUAGGUCACGCUGCCUGCUUUAUUAAAAAUCUCAGCCUUUCCAGAAGCAUAGAGAGAGUCAUAGAAAGUCCAUGCAUUGAAGGACUUUUUCAAGCUGUCCAGAGUGUAGACUUUCUAGAAGAGGAAUCUCUUCACUGUGUGAUGUCUUGUCUUGUUGACCUGAUGAAACAUGAGGGAGCCACAGUGUGCAUGCUGGAAUUGGUGGAUGACUCAGUGGUAUGCAGUCUGGCAACACUGGCCGGCCAAGUGGAACAAGCAGAGCUUUCGUUCCACGCUGCCCUUGUGAUCAAACACCUCCUACAGCACAAAGAGGUGGUGUCUUUGUUGAAAUCUCAUAUGAGCAAGGUACAGCAAUACCUCAUCAAGUAUCUUAUUCACCAAGAGAAUCGCUUUCAGCAUCUGAGCAUAUCCACUCUCUGCAUAUUACAGAAAGAUGCAGAGUUUUCAUCAGCAUUCAACCAGUGCCAACUGAAGAAGCACCUUGACCAAGUCCGUCAACAAACUGCAGAAACACAGGAGCUUCUCAGUAUUGCUGUCAGACAUAUGGACACCUGAAGCCUUGUUCCACUCUAUGCGUUUUGCUCUAGGUGAUGUCGCUCUGGGUGACUAGCUUGUUGCCUCUGUAUAGGGAGCUGACUCAUAAUGUGGGUGUCUCAGCUUCACGCUAUGGCUGUGGGCAAAUCCACAGCAAGCACAUGCGCAAUAGGACUUUUAACUUCCAUAUGGGUGGAAAUUAGGGACCAGUUUACACAGUAAUGUAUUACUGCUCCAUUAUUCAACGCUUGAUGACUCACAGUAGGAUGUGUGGGUAGAUUCUACUAAAAAGCACUGUGCUUGAAGUUUUAUAAAAGGUCUGUUAGUGCUAUUUGAUGCAUGAUGGCUGAUUCAUACAAUGCAGCUCAUUAUUUGAUACAUGCAUGGGCCAUGCCUGGGGAUACUUUCACUAUCCUUAGAUGUACAGACUGUAGCAUUGCAUUGUCCUUGUUGAAGCAUUCAUGAACUGUGAAACCCUAUACUGGUAGACUUAUCAAUCUUGCUCUAGGUUC